AUGAUAGGAACAUUGUUUAUCGUGCACUCUGAUGCAGCGCCCAUUCAUUCUUGCUUUCCAAGAUACGAGAGCUAUUUCACCAUUUGCGGCAUUGAGGACAGCGAGGAACAUCUUAAUCUGGUUAUCGCCCACGCUGCCGAUCAUGUUCACAAAGCUCGACUCGUGACUGCUAGAGGUGUGCUCGAGCCUAUCUCUGAGCCUAAGGAAGCGACUAUAGAAACCCCUCCGACUUCACCAUAUGAGCGUGGGUCAUAUCGACUUAUUAAACAGACAGGGAAGGAUGGCCCUACAACCUACAACGAUAUGGCCAGCACAGAGAAGAAGAAGAAGAGGAAAAAGAGGAAAAGAAACGAGAGCUUCAAGCGAAUGGAUGAGCCGCCCGGGGCGUCUGUGGAUUAUGGUAAUGGAGGGACCAAAGAGAAGGCCCUCCAGGAAUUACUUUCGUUAGAAUCCCGGCCAAUGUCCGAAGUCGAUAACGCUCAAUCUUUGUGUAUGCAGGAUGCCCGUAAUAGCUCUUUGCCAUUAUAUCUAGACUCAGCCUACGAGAUGAAGAUCAUGAUAAAAAUCCUGAUGCAAUGUGUCAAAUCCAACUCUGACAUCGCACAAUAUGGGCAGCGCAACUGCAUGCCCAUGACAACAACUAAGCUCGAGAAGAUGCGGCAGUUUGUUAAAGAGUUCUCUCGAUACAGUUAUGAGCAGGCCAUCCACGCCAUUCGAAGAGACAAUGCUUUAAUUACUGUUAUGGCAAUGCAGAAAAGAUAUAAUGAAACUACUUUCUGGCCAAUCAUUCUCAAGUGCGCUGCGCUGAUCGAUCCCGCCACGCUACCACCCGCUAAAGGCCCCCCGGAUGGAUUUACAGUAGCGGAAAAAGCUGCCACGAAGAAGUUCAUGGAAGACACCGGGUAUAGCUUAGGUGCAGAAAACCAACGACAAUACCGCAUAUUCUGGAAGAACAUAUUUCACAUGCGUGAGGCUGGCGUUGACAAAAUUCUCUUCUAUCGCACGAAAGAAUUCGACAGUUUCUGCAGAGGUUAUUCCAAAACAUCGGAAACUCCACUUGUGGAUAAGGUUUUAAGGUGGGAGAACGAGUAUUGGUCUCAUAUCGAACAACUGGAACCACGGAUUACCAAACUGAAGACGGGAGACUCAAAGCGUCUUAGCUACCUCAGCAAUCCCCAGGCGCUAGAACGACUGAAAGUGCCAGAAGUCUCGUGGAAUAAUGCUUCGAACGAGUGGGCCGUCAAUGCCGAAGAAGAAAGUUUCAGGCAAUGCGGCUUAAAGUCCAUCUCGCCUGAUAUUUUAGGCAUACCACACGAUUAUGAGUCGAUCUACGAAGGUGGGACAGACAAGUCCGUAUUCAUCACUCUUCUGCCUUAA